AUCAACCAAGGCUAUCAGUUGCUAUCGCAAAUCGUUCCAACAGCACCGUCUCGCAAACUCAGCAAGCUAGAAACCCUUCGUGAGGCAGUCCGAUAUAUUCGCCAGCUUCAAAAUGUCCUGCAAGAAAGUGACUCUGGACCAGCAUCGCCUGACUUCGACUAUUAUCAACCACCUUUGCAUCAAGAGUCCCAGCAGCCAUCUACAUACGUGCCGAGUUCGAGUAAUCAGUUACCACCGCUGAAUGAGUCUAUUUUGCUGAACUAUCAAAGAUCCAACUAUGACCAAACUUCUACAAUGAAUUACUGGGACCAGAAUGAUAAUGGUCAACUGGUCUCCCCACCAGCCUCGGAUACGAUCGAGCAGGUUGAAGUGGUAGAACGCCGAAAUGAACGUGAACGCAAACGUGUCCAUCAGGUGAACCAAGGAUAUGAACUGUUAUCUAGAAAGGUACCAUACUCAAAAUCUAAAUCGAAAAAGUUGACUAAAGUGGAGACUUUACGAUACGCCGUUCAAUACAUACGGCACUUGGAACGUCUUCUGCGCGACUCCGAGAACACCUCCUCUUAUCCAUCAACUAAUGAGAAUUCACCAACAACGAAAAACACACUCAAGGAAAUCACAUCAAGCAGUCCAAUAACUGAUCCAUAUUGGCGAUCGUUAACGUUGAACCUUUCGAAUCAUAAUAUGUUCGAUUCGCCAUAUCCAUAUCACACUUCAGCACCUCUUUAUCCACCCUGCUUCAGUUUUAGACAAAUCAAUGAUUGA